UUUUGUUGAGAGCUCCUAGAACUUUUCUAGUAGAUUAUUAAAUAAUCCAGAGAAUUGGUACUUCAUAAGCAUAGCUUGCGCUUGUAGAAGAGGCGUGUCCUGUUGUGUACGCAUCUGAGGGAAUACGUCAUGGUGAUCGCCCUCCGUCAGUGCCGUGUAAUACGCGGAAAUCUUACCGAGCUGAAAUGGUCAACAGUUUUAGUGAAGUUUCGUGCUUCAUGUGUUGGAUUUGAAGUGGCUCGCUCGUGAAGAAAGCAACCCGCUCGACGCAAAGCUGGUGCGCGCCAAGGAAGGACCGGAAAAUAGGGCACAGUACGGAACGCAUCCAGGCAUUGCGUAUGGCAUGGCGGACGGGGGCCAGUCUACGGAGAACCCCACAGCCGAAGAGAGCACGAGUCAAGGCGGCACAACGAAGCUGCUGCGGCUGCGGAUUGUGGCAGGCCACAGCUUGGCAAAAAAGGACAUUUUUGGAGCAAGCGAUCCCUAUGUGCGAAUUGACCUUGUCAAGGCUAGGGGCGACAGCUACACGGUUUUGGAUUCACUCUACACAAAAACCAAAAAGAAGACGCUGCAUCCAAAAUGGGAUGAAGAGUUUGUGAUCAAGGUUGAUCCUCAGGAGCACAAGAUAGUCAUGGAAGUCUUUGAUGAAAACAGACUGUCUUUAUGGCGAGGAAUUCGAUCGAACAGUGUGCCCGCUGCUGUCACAGUGUCUGGUGUGCGCUCAAUGCCACAGACUCGCGAUGACUUCCUGGGUCUGGUGGAGCUGCCCCUGGCGGCCAUACCUGUGGAACGACCAGGGAGGCACAUCCCUCACAAAUACUACCUGCUCCGGCCACGCAGCAGCGCCAAGUCCCGGGUCAAGGGCCACCUGCAGGUCUACCACGCCUACCUGCCUGAUGGGGAGAUGCAAGCAGCUGAGAACGCAAACCAGAGCUCUACAGAUGAGGGCUGGGAGGUGGUGGAUGCGGAAGAUGGCGGGCCGCCAUCAUCUCAGGGGGCCGCAACCAGCAGCAGUCCAGAGUUUGCAGGCAGCGAAGCGCCUCCAUCACCACUGCCACCUGGCUGGGAGGAGCGGGAAGACGCCUGUGGGCGUAUCUAUUACGUCAACCAUGUGGCACGCACAACGCAGUGGGAGCGUCCUAUUCAGGGGAGUGAUGGUGUAGAAGAGGGUGCAGCUGCUCACCAGCGGAACCUAGACCUGGCGCAGGAGUUCCAGCGGAGGGUCCACAUCAGCGUUGACGAGACAGCCGAUCACUCCGCUGCCCCUAAUCACACAGAAGAGCCGCAGGCGGCACCACCUGUGCAGAGGGGCAGUGUUGUGGAGGCUAUCGCACAGCAGAAUGGAACUCUGCCUCCUGGUGCCAACUCACAGCGCCGGUUUACCUUGCCCAUGGAGGCCAACGUGCGGCCCCAGCUGACGUCAGCGCCUCAACCGAGUCCUGAGGGUUUGCCAGCUGGCUGGUCCCUGCAGGUGGCUCCCAAUGGGCGCCUGUUCUUCAUCGACCACAACACCAAGACCACCACCUGGGUGGAUCCCAGGACUGGAAAACCAAGUGACUUACCGCGGCAUGGCAGCCUUCCAGGAAGCCAGCAAAACACCAUGGAUGACUUGGGACCGCUUCCUGAUGGCUGGGAAGAGCGCAUUCACACAGAUGGCCGAAUUUUCUUCAUUGAUCACACUGCAAGGAUAACACAAUGGGAGGACCCUCGCUUCAACAAUCCCAACGUUGCUGGUCCCGCUGUGCCAUAUUCAAGGGAUUAUAAGAGGAAGUACGAGUAUCUCAAAUCCAAGCUUCCAAAGCCACCGGGAAACAUUCCGAACAAAUUUGAGCUCAAGAUAUCACGAGCUCGGAUUCUGGAAGACUCGUAUCGUAUCCUAAGCAAUGUUACAUGUGUGGAUCGCCUGAGAUCCAAGCUUUGGGUCGAGUUUGAUGGUGAAGAGGUUCUGGACUACGGUGGCGCCUCACGGGAGUUCUUCUACCUGCUGUCUCGUGAGAUGUUCAACCCAUAUUAUGGCCUCUUCGAGUAUUCGGCAGCGGAUAACUACACACUUCAGAUCAACCCGUGCUCAGGAAUGUGUAAUGAAGAUCACCUCUCUUACUUCAAGUUUAUUGGAAGAGUGGCUGGUAUGGCUGUUUAUCAUGGGAAAUUGCUUGAUGCAUUCUUCAUUCGACCUUUCUACAAAAUGAUGCUGGGGAAGCCAAUCACUAUCAAGGACAUGGAGUCUGUGGACACGGAAUACUACAACUCGUUGCGCUGGAUCAUGGACAACGACCCCGCCGAGCUGGACCUCCGAUUCUCGGUGGACGAGGACCUGUUUGGGCAGAUGCAGCAGCGUGAGCUCGUGCCUGGUGGCGCUGACCUACCUGUCACGCAGGAGAACAAGGCCCGCUAUGUUGACCUGGUGAUCCAGUGGCGAUUUGCAUCACGUGUGCGGCCCCAGAUGAAUGCCUUCCUCGAAGGCCUGAACGAACUGGUUCCCCUGGCUUUGCUGCGUGUCUUCGAUGAGCACGAGCUUGAGUUGCUCAUGUGUGGCAUCGGCCAGAUUGACGUGCGUGACUGGCGGCGCCACACUGUCUACAAGGGUGGCUAUCAUGCCAACCACGUGGUGGUCCAGUGGUUCUGGAGGCUAGUGCUGUCAUUCAACAACGAGAUGCGAUCACGCCUGCUCCAGUUUGUGACGGGCACCUCGAGGGUCCCGAUGAACGGCUUUGCCGAGCUGCACGGCAGCAACGGGCCGCAGCCGUUCACACUGGAACGGUGGGGCUCGCCCAGCAACCUGCCUCGCUCUCACACCUGCUUCAACCGUUUAGAUCUGCCAAUGUAUGAAAGCUACCAAGAUCUCCGGGAGAAAUUGAUACAAGCCAUCGAAGGGUCAGAAUCCUUUGGAGGAGUCGACUAACAUUCCAAGCUGCCAUGGUGUCUGAAGCUUCUGCGGCACAUUUUCACAGGGACAAGACCUAUGUGCAUGUCCACAGGGUUUCAACAGUCGUGUACGCCAUCUUAUCUCGUGUGUCAGCACAAGAACAAGUUUUAGUCGCCCACAUGCAACAAGUGCCUUUCUGCUGCUCAUCCAGCCAAUGGGGGCCACGAUAUAAGCUUGCUUUCUUCUUUUUGCUCUUGUGUGGACUAUUGACCAACCUUGCCCAGCCUGAUGGGGUAUUCUUGUUUGUGCCUUUGCAGGCACGUAGUAGUAGCAUCUCUCAAUCAUUCAUCUGGUUUUGGCAGGCAUCAUUGUUUUGCCAUUUUGGUUGAGGGUUUCUUAUUUUAGCUUCAUCGUAACCCAGUCUUCUGAGGCAGCAACCAGUCGUAUGUCUUGUUGGUUGUAGCAAGUGCUCAUUGCAAAUGCUGCUAUUUGGACUUGUCGGAGCAAAGUACAUAGUGCAUUGGAGACAAGGACAGCCAAAAGAAAUAAGACGUACAUAGAUUCACGUGUGCCAUUUCUUUCUGCUGUCCCUGCGCACAAUGUGAUAUCUAUUCUGCUUGUUGAAGCCACGUGGAUAAAAUUCUGAUCUUGAGGAUAGCCACGCAUCGCUAGAGGCUUUUUACCUCAUAUUGAUUGAGUGAAGAUCUUCAAAAGUAUAAACUGCAGGAGGCUGACAACUGGCAUAUUAACUAGCACAAUUUGUUUACUCCUGUGUGAUGAAGCAACUGCUACAAGCUUCUCCUUGGUGACAUUACAUACGGAGUUGGAUGCACUCAGUUUUGUCCUUGCGUUUUCUUCAACAGUUUGAACAGCAUUCAGUGUGUACCUGUUGUUGACAACAGCAACAUAAUUAUAGAGGGCGCCACACAGUGGCACCUGUAAUGUCUUUUAACUAGUCAGUUCUACGACAAGCCCUUCAGGCUGUCGGUUUAUGUCAGAUUGAUAGUUUCAGAUUCUGAAAUGAGAGGUGCAGUUUGUCGAGCAAUGGAGAGUGUUGAACAUUGCGGAAACCUUGUGAAAAGAAGUGUUUUCUUCUUUCUGGUUUAUGAAUUCAUGUUUGCAAGACCUGUGUGUUCGGGAAUCAUCACAAACUGUAAGCAUAAGUGCCAGUGUGAGCUCACGUGCUCGUGUGUACACAAGCAUGCUCAGCUCCACGUAUAUUAGUUGGAGAAGCACUUGUUUCAAUGUUACUGUAUUGCACGGAGAUUGUCAAUGGUCGUUGUCACUGCACCUGAUGCUCUCUUUCAGACUAGUUGAGGCAUGUCUGCAGAGAGAGGUAUUGUUGAGAGAUUGUGAAGCAAAUAUGUUGCAUUUGCACGAAUAUAACAUGAGGUAUUUUUUUUAUAUGUUGUGCUUUAGUAUGCAGUGAGCUCAACUACUAGGCAACUGGACUUUGCAGAAAAGCGAACUUUUCGAUGUCGUAAGGAGAAUGUCAGUGUACAUGCGUGGGUGGGAGUGAAGUCGCUAUUAAGAAGAUGCACGCCAAUGCAACUUCACUUUUACAAGCACAGCUAUCCUGGCUGGCUCGUGGCAUUUCAUGGGCCAUUUCUGUCAGUUUAGUGGUGGGGUGUUACCGUGAUGCACACCCUUGCAAGCUGUGGUGCAUGUGCAAGUUUCAUGGAGUCAUGUAUCACUGUUGCCAAUCACACAUUACGCCUUGCUAAAGCACUAGAAGCUGAUUAAUAGGCUUGAGUUUCACAUUGUUACGUCACAUUACAAUGGUAACAUUGAUUUAUUUUCUUACUUGUCAAGUCUCGCAUUAUAUUCGUGUAAAUGCAGCAUGUUGCUCCAGCAUGCAUGGGUACAUUGAGGGAAUCAGAGUGGCCUCAAGAAAUGUCGCGCAGCAUGUGUGAUUGUGCUUUACCAUGCACCAAGUGUUCUCCAUUGCAAACAGUUUGAACUGAUGACGUGUAUUGUCUACUGUGCAGAUGCAGCUAGGGCUGCAGUGUGUGCGAAUAUUUUGCAUUCUCCAAGCGCACAACAAAGCGGUGUAUAGCGCUACAGUAUUCAAGCACAUUCAUUUGCAAUUUGGCCUAGUUUUUACAUGAUUGUGACGACGAAGGCUAGUACGGGGCCUCGAGAGCACUGCUCUCAGUGGAAUUAGUGGGUGAUAAAGUUUAUUGUCUGCAUGCACAGUGUGGUUCUUGAUGUGCCAGUUUCUAUCAAAGGCGGCUAGCACUAGCGUGAAAGACUGCAUUCCUGUACAUUGCAUCCCUACCUUGCUGCUUUUAAACCAAGGUGGAGCAAAUUGCUGCACAGUAGCUCUUGUUGACAAAAACCCUUAGCUAAGUCAUUAACGCACUUGUUUGAACUUUUAUAUACAUAUAUAUGUGAAAGUUGUUGAACUCCUUUGAACAUGCAGCUCCAUCUAAGUACGACUGAAAAAACAAACAGCUCUAUAUGCAGAAACUCGCUUUUGAUAUUGCUGCUUGUCAAGCAAAAGAAGCACUUACAUUAUUUAGGAUUUUUCAGUGCGUCAUGUCUUGCUCUCGAGAUUUUUAGUUAGCUUUUAUGGGAAUAGAAAGCUUGUUUUGUAUAUUAUUUCAUACAUGGACUUGUGUUUGGGUUAUCGUGACUUUUGAAUUGCUGUACUGGAGGAGUUAUGCCAUUUGGGUUAGGUUGAGUUUUGAACUGUGUAAUAUACAGCCAUUUAUUAGAGCUUUACUUAGAAGGAUCGAGGUUAUUAUUGAUUUACAUAUUUACGUGUAUGUAUAUUGUGUGUUCAUAUACUAUCCAGACUUUUUGGCUGCUUUAUGUAUUAUGUGAGGCAACCAUGUGCAACAACAGUGACACUAUAAAACGACGAAGUUACUCCAUUUAGCAAGGUUAGUACAGCCAUAACCAUUCUGAAAAAAAAAAAAAGUAUUUCUGUGAGGACUUGAUGGAAUCUUGUGGUACUUAAUUCAGUUUUUAAUCGUGCUUUACUUCUCAAAGCCUUGCAUACGGGAUCGUGUACAGCGCACAAGUAGGCAGCAAAGCACCAUAUAAGGGGUAUAUAUAUGCUUUGUAAUGCAUACUUUAGCUUGUGUCGGACAAGUUAGCCUUCAAAAGAAAUGUGCUUGACAGCUGUUCCUGCACAAAACCUUUUCUUUAUAAUCAGUCAAUCUCCUCUACCAGUACUACCAGCAGUUUUUAUGACCUUUACCUACCUCUUGCAAAGAAAGCCAGCUUUGAGCCUUGUAUAUCUCGACAUGCAACUUUACUAGACGAGCACAUGAAGGAAAAUGUUUGAGCAUUGGCACCUUUUCUCUUGCCAUGUUGACACAAUAUAUAUAUGUUGACCACGCACCAGCACAGAAGUUGAAAAGUGGCAACACUCGCAGCAUACCUGUUUGCCUUAUGCUUGAACUCUGCAAACAGGAUUGGAAUAUUUCGUGCCAUCACACGAGGCAGCAGUUGGCUUCUGAUUGUUACAGAACAGCACUUGCUGACAGCAUGUUUGCUCAAUUUAGGAGUUGAAGGCACAUUAUCAGUUUAAUUACUUUACGCACUCAGCUUCUCCUGUUGCUGGAUUUUAUGCUGCCCUGCUUUUUUUAAUGGAACUGUGCCGAGUUCAAGCAAGAUUUCACUUUAUGCAUGUGAUUAUCGAACCCCUUUGGAGUGCACGCUGUCUUUUUACGAUUUCAUUUCUUAUUUUGCUGUUUUGGCACGCACAUAUCUUUACAAGGAGCCUGUGAAAAAUGCUGUUGCUUGAUUUUUUUUUACUGACAAACAGUGCACCCAAGUGUUUUCACUGUGUGCAUUGUGUAGGUCCUUUUUCUCCAUUGUUAAAAAUGCAAAAUUUUCAUGGCAAACUCGCGCCUUCUGCUCGAGCUUCAAGUCACGCACCGAGUCAUUCAAGUUUGUGUACAAUAAAUAGCGUUUGGCAGAUGCCUUUAUUUAUAAAUAAAACUUAGAACUGA